CUGAUUAAAGGGCAAAGAAACUCGCCCAAUGGGUGCGCAAAGAAUGUCUUUUCAUUUAGUCAGAUCUGUCUCGUUUACAUGAACCAUUCAGCUUAGCCUUAAAAUAAUUCCUUUUAUUAGGAAACGUGCAGCAGAAGAUCUGACAGCUGGAGGUGACGGAAAACACCAUUGUUGAACUGUGCUGCCUGUGCAAAACUACGCGAAGAAGACUGCUGAAAUUAAAAGAGGGUGAAGUGUCUUCAGGGCGGUGGCAAAAAGAAACAUCACCUGGGAAACAAAAAUAUUUGUUGUCUACAGCAUGGAUUUUGGGGUGUGAGGAGUAAAGAGCAAAAAAAAAAGAUGCCAUACAGCAACAGAGAACUGGUGAAAGAUUUUAUAAGGUACAAACUGUCCCAAAAGAACUUGGAAUGGAACCAGAUUAAUGGGGAUGGCAGGACUGGUAGAGCUGGGGUCCUGGAUCCAGACACUGAAAGGGAUGGGGGCCACGUCAACGGAUCCAUAAACGGGACGGACAAUGGGAGCAGCCCGGUCGGGAUCGAGGCAGUGAAGGAGGCCCUGCGAGAUUCGGGGGAUGAGUUUGAGCUGAGGUACCGUCGGGCGUUCAGCGACCUCUCCUCCCAGCUACACAUCACCCCGGUCACAGCCUACCAGAGCUUCGAGCAGGUGGUGAACGAACUCUUCCGGGACGGGGUCAACUGGGGGCGUGUGGUGGCGCUUUUCGCUUUCGGUGGGGCCCUGUGCGUGGAGAGCGUGGAGAAGGAAAUGGGGUCACUGGUGGGACGGAUAGCAGACUGGAUGACCACCUACCUGGACAGCAACAUAGAGCCCUGGAUACAGAGGCAGGGAGGCUGGGACACCUUUGCUGCAAUCUAUGGGAAAGAUGCAGCAGCUGAGAGCAGGAGGUCUCGAGAGAGCUUCAUGAAGUGGCUGUUUGCUGGAAUGACUCUGGCUACCGGUCUCGUCGUCGGCUCCUACUUUGUACGCAAGCGCUUGUAGGGCUGCGGGAGACACUCUCCACACAACAAAGAGAAACACUCAACCAGAACAGUGUUGUGCAAAUGUCUCUGCAUCCCCACACACGCACACAGGCAUCUCCUCUGCAAUACCAAACAGCUUUGCAAAUGUCUUUGCAUCCCCACUCACAGACAUCUCCUCUGCAAUACCAAACAGCUUUGCAAAUGUCACAUUCCAGCACCAGUGCUCAGGAUCUCCAUCUUUUUUAUUUGAUUUUUUUUUUUUUUUCUCUCCCAGGAUGACCCAAAUAAAACUUCUCAACACAACCUAAAAAAAGAAAAAAACGUGCCAGCGCGUGUUUUCAUAAAGCGAGACAGAUUUAGAAGUCAGAAAGGACUGUUUUUUUGAAGACUGGGUAAAGGACCAGUAGAGCCUGCUUGGCAAUUGGUGUCCGGUUCUUUUCUGACCCUUGUAAUUCCCACUGCAGAGUGCAGGCUGCUCUAGUUCACUGUGUUUAAAUACACAUCACCACUGAGUAACAACCUGGGCUCAGACUCAUGUCAUUCAACUCCACGCCUCUUUGCCAAGCUGGUCGGGAAGUGUUGGUUUUUUUUUUCUUUUCUUUUCUGUUCACCUGACCACAUGAAAGAAAGGAAAGAGAAUCCAUCACAUCGGACUUAAACCCUUGACACUGUGUAGUUCUGGAAACCGUUCUAUUGAUCCUGUAUGGAUCCGAUGCUACUGCUGUACUAGUUCAGCAUUGCGACUCAGAAUAUAUAAGCAUCCAUUAAAGUCACAAGGAUUUCGCGAUUGUUCAUUAUCCUUGGGUUAAGACAGCAGAAGCUAAACAUGUGAGUGAUGCUUGACUGCUUUAGCAUGAUUCAGCUGAGGCUGCUGCACUAAUCUCAUUUUGAUCUGAUAUUUCUGGUUUAGCCAGUCGGCUCUGUAUAUGAAACAGCUACAGUCGCAUGAUAUGAAACGUGAAAUGUAUGUGGAUCUUUUGUUGUGGUGUCAUACACUCCCAUUGAUAUGGAUCAGCCGAGUCCUUGUGACUUCUGUGUACAUCAUUGCUGCCUGACGCAUUCUGCCCAUCCUUUCAAAGAUUUAUUUAUUUUUUUUCCCAUUUACUAAACUAUUAACUGGAUUUUUUUCAAAUUAAAAGUUUGUGCAAUAAUUGCAGCGAAUGUAUGUGGAGCAAUUAUAUUUGCUAAAAUGUUGAUAUGUUCAUCAAGUCAAAUAUAUAUUGUUCUGUGUUUUAUGUACCAAUUUUUUCUUCUAAAAUGUAACCAUUUCUGCAUUCAACUGUCAGAUGAUAGCUUCAGUCGUAAGUGACGAUAACAGGUUUUAAUCUACCAUUGGUUUUUGAAUAGCACACUUUGCCACUCUGUGGUGUAAUGUUGUAAUAACUGCGAUGACCAACACACCUUUUCUGCACACCCCUGUAAUGUAAGCGGUGACAACACUAUAAGCAAACAGUAUGUAUGAUCAUGUAUCGUUAAACACACCAUAACGGAGUGCAUUUCCAGAUGCUUAAGUCAGUUCAGUAAUAAUAUCAAACAUCGUGUUGCAGCCGCUUCUGCUAAAUUACAAGGUUUCCUAAUUUCUUGGUUACUUUUCAAACUGUACUGACUUGUAUUUGUCCUGAAACAAAAUCAAAUGUGUGGCAGAUUUGUACUCAACUUCCAUGAAUGCAUAAGCAACCCUAACCCUGCUCAAGAUCCCCUGUGCUGUUUGCCAGUGUUUAAACACUGCCUGUAAGGAGGGAUCAGGUCCUUGGGUCCCAGGGUUCCUCUAACUGGGUACUUUUGGGGUAGCUUCCAAGCCGUCCUAACAACAUCCACAAUAUGUGUUUAGUGUUGCUAAUAGAUGAUUAGGACAAGGCAUCCUGAGGACUGGAGUUGCCCACCCUGGCUUAAAACAGCCCUGCAUUCAGGGGUUGUAUCUUCUGUUAAUUUUACUGUAUGUCAUAGUUAUAUAUUCCAUACAACCUAAUUGAGAACAGAAAUGUUUAUUUUAUUUUUUGCUUGAGGUAGUUUCUGUGCUGCGUCUUACUUUGAAGUUUUUAUAACCAGUGCGGCACUACAUUACCUACUGUAGUUGAGAAAUGAAUCUCAAUUUAGUAUAGAUUCAUUAGAAUAUUUAAUAAACAAUGUUAUUUAAACGUAUUAUUCCAUGUACAGCAUGUACAAUGUUUUUGUGUUGCCUUAAUUUGUGAAUACGUGCAUUUAAAAAAAAAAAAAAAAAAAAAAAAAAAAAAGUGAAUGAAAGGUGGUUUUGUUUUUAGCUUGAGCUGUUUCUGCAAGGGAGUGUGUAUUUAUGGGCUUGAAUUUGUGCACCUUGGUUAAAGUUCAUGCAAAUCUUAGAACACAAAAAGGAAAAUUGGCUUAUUUUUUAAAAGUCUUUAACUUGUAAUUUGCUCAGUCAAACCUGUAUUGGAGACCAUCUAUAUAGAAGGACAGCCUCUUUUACAGUUAAUCCUAUUGAAUCCUAGCAUCUCUCUGUCAAUGUUUGUUUCUAGCUUGAAUAUAUACAUGUAAACUGUAUAGAGAGAAUAGUUUAUAACAACACCUGUAUAUAAAGACUAGCCCCCUUCGUUGUUUUUAUAGGCAAGUUUGACUCAUGAUUUUUUUAAUGUACUUGUGUGGAUCCCUUACAAAGUUCACCUGUAAAUUAUUUAAUUUUGAAUUGACCAAAUACAGUAUACUUUUGCAGAUUCAAGCCCUGUUGUUAUUACCAUAUGUAAAAGUUAAACAAAUAAUAAUAAUAAUUUAACUUAAAAGUAUAUAUUUUUGUUGCACAGAAAAUAGAUUUAUCAUUUUUGUUAAUGUCUGUUCUAGCUAUUUGGCGAAUUUGAUCAGUAGAAGGUAGAAAUGAAACACUGCUGUUUUGUGUAAAAGGCCAGCAUUCAGUAUGUUUAUGGAAACUCUGAUAAAGUGGCCAACAUGCAUUCCAGUGUAUGAGGCUGUAAAUGCCUGGACAGGGAAUCUGCAGAGUUUGUACAGCAGUCUUGGGAACGGGCACCAUUGUGGCUUCCGUUUCCACUCCCUUGUUAGCUAUAGGCCAGGUGGGGCCAGAGUGGCAGACCAUUGGAUGCAGUUUCAAAGCCUUCUCGUCUCCAUAAACUUUGAUCUGGCUUAUAUACACACGCUGUCAUCGAACCGUCAGUGACACAACGGUUAGAUCAAGAUAUUGAGACAGUUUGCAGGCAGAGUUUAGCUCCUCUUGCUGUUUUCUGUUGAUUUGUGUAGAUGAUCUAGCUGAAGGCAGAGGUUGGUUGGGGGGAGUUUAUACAACUAACAGAGUGAAUGCAGAGCAGUAUUUUGCUUACACUUUGUGCCACUUCAGUCCUAACAAAUGGAUUGCUCUGUGCUUGCAGCCUGAAUGGCAUUUCUCAAUGUUUCACCUGGGUGUCUCUUACAUUCAGAAUAGGAGGCAUUUGGAGAGGAGGUGGAGGUGGGAGCGCGGGUCCACCAGUAACGUUGCUUCGUAGCGCUAAAGUGACCACAGCUAGCCGAGAAUAUAUUUAAAUGAAGACCCUCGCUGGAAUUAAUGCAAGCACUCACAGGCUGGACUGAAGUGAGACACCCAAGACACUGCACACUUCACACUGAGCACUCAUGACAACCGUGCUGAACGUGGCACAUGGUAACAGCAGGGUCCAGCCAUCACUCGGGAUGGAGGAAAAGGAUUCUCGUUACUUUCAAGACAGCCAAGUGCGAAAAAAAAAAAAUAAGGGCGUGUUGGUAGCAACCAUCCCUGUUUAAAAAUACCCUUCAUUUAGAGAUUUAUGACUUGUAUUACCACACAAUUGAUUUGGUAAACGAUUCAUUCAAAUUUGAUCAGUUUUACUUGGGAGUAAUUUCCUCCAGGACCGAGUGUACAAUGAGCAUUGGCUUCAUGUACAGUAUUUGCACCAGGCAAGUUCAUAUUGUCAUUCACUGGCUUGUUGUGGGAAGGGUUAUUUAUAAUACAACUGUGUAGUACUAGUUUAAUUGUACAUGAUAAUAGAGGCGGGGGGACAUAUGCAGGUACACUGUGUUUAACAGGAUGUUCUGCAGUACAGCAAUUGAGUUUAUUGGUUAGAAAACCAAGCUGGAAUAUCAGUGUUCCCUCCUUUGAUGUGUCCAAUAAAGCUUGAGCUGGUAA